AUGGGUCUCACCGUAGGCUAUAUCGGCCUAGGCAAAGCCGGCGCCUCCAUGGCAUCAAACCUGCCACGUGCCGGGUUCAAGCUCAUCGUCCGCGACGCAGACCCUGAGCGGGAAAGGGCCUUCGCCGAUGCGAAUCCGAACACAACUGUCGCAUCGGCAGGUCCGGACGGCUUCAAGGACGUCGACGUCCUUGUGACCAUGCUCCCACAAGGCAGAGUCGUUCGCGAGGUCAUCCUGGGUGACCAUGGAAUCGCUUCGCACCUUAAGAAAGGUACCAUCAUUAUCGACACCUCCUCGUCGUCACCAUUCGACACCCGGUCUCUAGGCACAGAUCUCGAGUCAAGAGACCUGGUCCUCAUCGAUUCCCCCGUCACGCAGGCCCAUCUACACGACACCGACACGGGUGACGCCACGCUAAUGGUCGGUUGCAACGACCAGACAUCCUUCGACCGCGCUCUCCCAGUCCUACAAGCCAUGGCCAAGUACGUCUUCCAUAUGGGAAAGCUGGGGGCGGGUCACGCGAUGAAGACGUUGAACAACUACAUUUCUGCAGCUUCGAUUGUCGCCCUGUCGGACGCGUUGGUGACGGGCCAGAAGUUCGGGCUGGACCCCGUGCAGAUGAUUGACGUGCUAAACGUGGGCACCGGACGGAACUUCUCCACGACUGACAGUUACCAGAGUGAUGCACUGCCGCGGAAGUAUGCGAGUGGGUUUCAGCUCGCCUUGUUGAUUAAGGACGUGGGGAUUGCGAAAAGCGUGUUUGAGCAUGAAGGAUUCGAAACGGAGAUGCCGGGAUUGGUCAACCGGUACUUCCAGGAAGCUAUGGGGAUUCUGAAGCCGGACGCAGACCAUACAGAAUUGCUGAAGAUGUGGGAACGCAGGGCUGGUCUCGAACUCAAGACAGGCCAGCCAUGUGGCGAUACUGCAGCGGCGGUGAAGAAGUGA